UUAGGCUUUUUACAUGUCACUGUCAAGACAUCUCAUUUUCAUUCCCGGAGCCUGUCAUGCCCCACCGCGCCUACAAAUGGCCACGAAAAUAAUUCAUUUUUUGGUAAAUGGCAAAGUGGAGCGAGCAGAGUUUAGAGCAGACUGCACGACUGAAGAUGUUAAAGGUAAGAGGCUGCUCAUACUCAUCUGUCACCUGCAAUGACCUCUGUAACGUGGCAGACCUGUUCCGAGCGGCAGCGGAGGCAUCUCCUCAUCACAUCCUGAAGCUGUACAAAGCCAACGGCAGCGUGGUGAAUAUCUCGCCCAUGCUGGAGCCCAACAGCCAGGACUCGUACUACCGGCUGGAGGUGGUGGCGUCUGAUCUUCAGAGCAUUGGUGUAAAAAGUGACGUGGACAACAUGGAGAGCAGGUUGUGUCACCUAGAAACCAAAGUCCAGCAAGAUGCAGGCAACACUCCAGAAAUUAUCGAUAACCUCAAGAGUCAGGUGGAGUCUUUCAAACGAAAGCUGGAGAGCGUCAAGCACCUGAGCUGGAUGGGUUUGUUCAGGGAUGAGAGUCCACAACAGCUUUCAAAGUUCCCAGCGAAAGCCAAAGGGCUUCAGUUGAACAUAGAAGAGGAGCACCGGGAGGUUCGCAAGAAGUUCCUCAACAUGAGCUCGCUGCGGGUGAUAGAAGAAGUGAGACAGCAACUGAAAACUCCCAUGUUUGACAAUUGGCAGUGGGAGGAGCCAGAGAUGCUGGUCCUCCUCCAGGUGAUGUUCACCGACCUGGACUUCCUGACAGUGUUUCACAUCGAAGUGGAUGUUCUCCAGAACUUCCUGUUUGAGGUCUACUGCCACUACAACAACAUCCCCUUCCAUAACUUCCAGCACUGCUUCUGCGUCACGCAGAUGAUGUACGGGCUCAUUUGGCUGACAGACAUCUGGAGCAAACUAGAUCCAAUGGACCUUCUGAUCUUGUUGACCUCUGCGCUGUGCCAUGACCUGGACCACCCCGGCUACAGCAACGUCUACCAGAUCAACGCCCAGACCGACCUGGCUCUUCGUUACAAUGACAUCUCACCGUUGGAGAACCACCACUGCGCAGUGGCCUUCGGCAUCCUGGCCAAGGAGGAGUCCAACAUCCUCAAGCACGUGACCACGGAGCAGUACAAACACAUUCGAGCAGGGAUGAUCAGGUGCAUUCUGGCCACCGACAUGGCGAGACACAACGAAAUCCUCAAUAAGUUCAAGAGCGUCCAGCCUGUCUUUGACUUCAGAAACAAGGAUCACACUGAAGUGUUAAUGAAGAUCAUGGUGAAGGUGAGCGACAUCUCCAACGAGGCCAGGCCGAUGGCGGUGGCCGAGCCCUGGCUGGACUGUCUGCUGCAGGAGUUUUUCAACCAGGGGGACGCAGAAAAACUCAAAGGACUUCCGGUGACUCCAUUUAUGGACCGUGACAAAGUGUCCAAGCCGUCCUCCCAAACCAGUUUCAUUCGCUUUGUCCUGUUGCCGCUCUUCACAGAGAUCACCAAGCUCUUUCCCUGUCUGGAGCAACAUAUUCUGGAGCCAGUGAGGCGAGCCCUGGAGUACUACUCGGACCUGGAGCGAGCCACUCAGCAGGAGGCGGCGGCGGCGGUGGCAAACAAACCCUGAUGAGUAAAACGUUCAAAGUUAUGAUUUAGCAAAUGUGUGCCAGGGAGGGUCGUGUUGACAUAAUCACAGAACCCAAAUGUUUAGCAUAUUCAAGAUUAGCUAAACAUUUUAUUAUGUAUGACUGCAUUUACAUGUUCCAACCAAAGUGCAAAUGUCUGAUAAACAAUGAAUUCAGGUGUCUCUAACAAAACACUAUGAAAUCAUAUAAAUACACAAACAUGACAUAAAUUAUUUUGGCAUUUCAAGACAGAAUAUUUCGAUCAACAUUUACAAAUGAGGAAUUCAGUGUGACAGAAGGGAGCAGC